AUGGCCGAGUGGCGAAGUGGUGGGCGGGCGGCAAACAACGCGCGGGCGCUGGAUGUGGCGGUGGACAGGGCAGAGGCGGCUCGAGGGAGUGCAGCUGGAGCAGCAGCAGCAGCAGAUGCAGCUUUAACACGCAAGGUCCUCGACACUCUUGCUGCUCUCCUAGGAUCGGCCCGCCAGUCUGCCGCUUUCGAGUCGGAUCCGUCCAUCUUUGCCCUGAGCCUCCUCGCCGCACAUCCGGACCUGGUCCAUCCUACUGCGCUCCACGCCAUCCUUCAUGCUCUAGCCGCAUCGCGAUCUGCCGCAGCUGACUCUCCGCUUGCAGCAGCAGCAGCAGCGGUGCUGGAGGCUGUCCUUGCCCGCAACAGCCAUCCAGCUGCGAUUGCCUCGGCCGGCCUUGCUGCAUCGCCUGGCGUCUACGCCUCGCAUGCUCGAACCCAUUAUGCCGCCAUCGCAGCAGACGCUGCAGCAGACGCCUUUGCACGUCACUAUGCACUCUUUAGGGCGUGGCAUGUGUGGCAGAGGGAAAUGGGUGCAUCGGGUAAGGCUGCGCCGAUGAACUCAGGUCUAGGCGACGAGCUCGACGCGGCCUUGGCUGCUCUCCGCCAGCUCGUCCCGCCGCCCAGCUCGCCUGCCAUGGCACCAAGUGCGGUCCUGGCAGGCCUCGACAAAAUCCGCGAGUCCGAUGCCGUAGAGAGCACUUUUACCUUUGUUUCAGCACGCGACGCGCUCCGCCAUCCAUCGGCGCUGCGGGUCCACAACGCGCUCGCGGCUGCAGCCUCCGCCGCUGCUGCGUCUGGGCAAUUUGCCCAAGUCUGGACAGCGCUUCAGUAUGCGCACAAUGUGACACCUAGUCGUGUGCAAGAGUUGAUGAUGGAGCAGCUCGGUAGCCAGUCCAUUGAUGCGCUCGCCGCCUCGCUCACCGUCCCGCCGGCGGGGCCACCAUCACCUCACGGCGGUUUUGUAGCUCUUCCGCACCCGCCCAGUCUGGCGAGGUUUGUUGCUCCGAUUCAUCUAGUUCAUGUUACGGCCGCUGGAGGUGAGUACGACAGCGUGAUGCUUAUGGCGCAGGCCCGACGCCAUUCGAGGGUGCGGCUUGUUUCCAAGACCUGGCAAUCCUGGAUGCGCGAGCUAGCAUGUGCGUUUCGAACUGCAGAUUUAGGCUUUCUUCGCCCGUUUGUCAUCGCCUGGUACGAGCAUAUGGUGGCUGUGCGGAGUGCACGCCUGCGCGCACAAAAGCGCGCCGCGUUUGAGGCUCGGGUCUGGUCCCGCCAGUCCGAGACGCGGGCGGUCGAGGCCUGGAAAGCCUGGCGCUACCGCCUGGCUGCGGUGCGACGGAUUCGAGCUCGCAACCAACUCCUCGAUCGUCUGUGCUCUGCCUGGCGAAAGCUGCACCGCGCGUAUGCGAUGCGACGGGCAUGGGCAACAUGGCGACGGGCAACCGCUCGCGCCGACGCUGCGGCCGCUGUCACGGCGGUUGUCACCCGGCGAGUGUUGCUCCUGUGGCUCCGCCGGACAGCUGAACGGCGGCGACGGAGGGAAGCGCUUGCGGCAGCAGGCAAGCGGGCCGCACACUUGUGUGCUCUGCGUGUGCUUGCCCACUGGCGGGCAGCAUUGGCAGUGCGAAGCCGAGUCCGAGCGAGCGCUGAGUUUAUUAUCAUGAUUCGUCACGAGCGUGCUCUUGUGGGCAGGGCGUUUGCCGGCUGGCUGCAUGUGGUGACCACUGCUGCACGGGCGCGCGCAGCCGCGCAGGCCGCUGACGCGUUUGCUCGCAGUUCGCGGCUUCGAACGGCGCUCGGCACCUGGCGGGCAUGGGCAGUGCGAUCGCUGCGAAACCGGCGGCUGGUAGCUUUUGCGCGGGCCGCCCGGGAGCGUGCUAUUCGAGCAGACACACUGGCGGCAUGGCGAGCGUGGGUGUCACGACGGAGCCGGGCCCGCGAGCUUCUGGCCCGCGCUGAUGCAGGGCGGCGACGGAGAUUGCUGCGGACUGCCUUUGACGCGCUGGCACGCGCGCCUCGUUUUGCUGCUCUCGAGCAACGGGUCCAGACCCGCAGUCUUGCCACAGUGCUGGCGGCCUGGCGUACUGUUCUCGGGCGGGCUGCCGAGCGCGCGCGAGUGUGGGCGCGGGCACAGGCCCACGCUCAGGCGGCAUCUGCUGCACGGCUUCUACCGCGGGCUAUGAGAGCGUGGCAGUCUUUUGUGGCGCGGCGACGCGCGGCACGCCGCAAGCUUGCGGCAAAGCGUCAGAAAGCCGACGCCCACUUUGCGCGUCGGAGCCUGGUAGCAUGGCGUCGCGUCGCCCGGCAGAUCGGGCUGGAGCGACGUCAGACUGCCGCCGCCAGCGCGCUCGCUGUCCGAGCUGUCGCCCGUCGCGUCCUUGGCCGCUGGCAUCGAUGGACGUGCUUAUCGCGGGAGCUUGGCAAAUUUGUUGCCCGGCGAAAGGCACGCCAGGUGCGGCAAGUGCUGCUUGCGUGGGCGAAAGUGACGUCUGCUGCGUCUGUCGCUCGAGCUCGCAAGCAAGCGCUGAUUGUUGCGCGCCGGGCACGAGAGGUUCGAGCCAUGGCCACGGCAUGGCGGGCGUGGCGAGACGAUGUUGACGCCCGCACCAACGCUCGACUUGAACUUGCGGGCGUGUACCGAGUCCGCACGCUGCUGCGGUUGGCGAUGCGCGGCUUUGCCAGCCAUGCGGCACAGAGCCGCGAGCUGAUGUCCCGCGCCGAGGCACUUGAGCAGGCUCGGAUGGAGAGUCUGGCCCGCCGUGCGCUUUUCAAGUGGCAAGAAGCGACUGCCGCCGCUGCAGCGGCAGCGGAUGUGGCGCACUGGACGGCUGUGGCGGCCGCGCACCGCGACGAUGCACUGAUGCGUCGGGCGCUGCGUGGGUGGGCAGCGCAUGUCGAGGCGCGUGCGCUCGCAGAGGCACAAGUCGCCGAGGCUGUUGCCUUUGCGCGAUACCGCAGACUCACCCGCGCGAUGACAACAUGGCGAGGAGCAGCAGUGUUAGUGAGAGAGCGACGGCUGCUCCGCUACGCGUUUGAGUACUGGUUCGAAGUAACGCAAGCGACUUGCGAGUUUGAGACCCGCAUCGACGCUCUUCUCCAGCUUGUCGACCUCAACACCAAGUCGCGGAUGUUCUUCCGAUGGAAACAGAUGUACACAGGCCUGCAACUGUCAGAAGCCACGCGACGUGAUCUUCAAGACAAGCUCGCGUAGCACCUUUUAUUGAAGCCGAGGGACCCUG